AUGAAUAUUUAUUUCAAAAAAUUAAUUAAUUGAAAAAUACAUUACUGUUUUAUUUCAGAAUAUUUUAUCAAUCAGAUAUAUAUUAUGGAUACUCAAAGAUGGAUAAAUGAAUUCCUUGUUGCAUUAUUUCCCCCCUCGUGAGGAAGCAGAACUAUUGGAAAAUGUCCUAUUUUAGGAUAAAAAAAAUAAGUUUGAUAUAUAAGUGGAAAUUAUUCUAAUGAAAUUUCUAACUUGGAAUUACAAAAAAUUUUAAUUUUGCUAUCCAAUUUUUAAGAGGUGUUUUUUAGAUUUCCGAAAAAAUUUUAAUAUAAAAUUUUAUGUAUAGAUUCUCUAAAAAAAUUUAAUCAGUGAGUGGGGUUAGCAGACUUUAAUUCACCUAGGCUUUGCGAAUUGCUCUUUAGUGAGCGUAUCCACGAGACUUCAGCUAAAAAAGAAGAGAUCGCUAGAGUCAUUACAAAGAUUCUUCAAAAUGGCUCUCAAGAAUCAGAAACUUCAUAUGAGCUAUGGACAGAAUUCUUAACUGAGCAUUUAAUGGCAAGAAUCCACAAAAUCAAUAGAUUUAAGCAUAUGAAUGAAGCCUAUAAUCGUCUACUUAAAAUUUUCAGAGAUGAUGGCGAAGGCUUUUGGUUCCUCCCAAUAAUCAAAAAAUACUCAAGAUUCUUAUUUAAUGAAGGCGUCCGAAGCUCCCAGCUUGAUGAAGUCGUCAACUCAUUACGAAAAUUACUGUCAGCUUGCCAAGUUUCUCAACCACCACCAGAAUCCAAAGUUAUGGGACUUUAUUUUGCAUUGAUUUUAUCAUUUAAAGCUUUAUUUCGCUUAAAUACUUUACAAACCUGUUCUUCCUUGCUGCGUCUUGUAUCAAGUGAGCACUCAAAGCUUCCUCCUUUAAGAAUUUACCCAAAAUGCCAACAAGUAGAAUUUAACUAUUAUGAAGGGAGAUUUUCUAUAUAUGACCAAAACAUCAAAAGAGCUGAAGAAUGCUUGGAAUUUGCCUUUAACCAUUGCCACAAAGACAAUAUCAGAAAUAAAAGAAUUAUUUUGAGAUAUUUAGUCCCUGUAAAAGUGGGCAGAGGGAAAUUCCCAACAGAAGCUUUGCUUACUUCCCCUCCGUGAGCGAACAAAAAAAUUUUCUUUGCUAACUGAUGGUUAUGUUUUGUUUUAAAAAAAUUAUAGAAAUUUAUAGACAAUGUUUUUUUCGAAAUUUAAAAAAAAAUCUAAUUUGGAAAAAUUGAGUAGCAAAAAUUAAUUUAAUCUACGAAAUUUAUAUUUUAAAACGCAAGCUGUUUAAAAUUAAUCAGAAUUUGCUCGAGAUUUCGUUAUAAUAAUCAUUAUUUAUAUAUCAAAGUUUUUUUUUAAUAAAAAAAUUUUUCUUUAAAAAAUAUUUGUUCUCGGUUUUUAGGCAAAAUUAGGGAUUUUUCUAAUGCUUUUGUUCGCUCACCGAGAGGGAGUUAGGAAAUAUAAGCUGCAAGAGCUAGGAGAUAUAUUAAAAUGCAUAAAAACAGGAAAUAUAGGAGGAUAUGCAAGUGCACUUGAUGCAAAUCAAGAUAAGUUUAUCCAGCAAGGGAUUUAUAUUAUGAUGGAGACGCUAAAAAUUCUUGCAUAUAGAAAUUUGUUUUUAAAGACAUACAAAAUUUUAGAAAAGAAACAAAUUUCCCUUCAUUACUUUGUGACUGCCAUAAAAACAAGUGGGGUAAGCGAAGUUGAAAUAGAAGAAGUCGAAUGCAUUCUUGCCAAUUUGAUUUUCAAAAAAUGGAUAAAAGGCUAUAUUUCCGCACAGAAAAAAGUUUUAGUAUUAAGCAAAAACGAUCCAUUUCCCAAAGUUUCUUUAAUUGAUGAUUAA